UGAUAUACGGAGUAUGUAAUUUUUUGCUUCGAAAUCAGAGAGCAUCAGCAUUGUCGUGGCCUCUUUGUUUCCUCUCAUCUGCUUUGGAGGACAAUACGUCUGCAAGUUUUUGUCUCUUGGUGGGUGUUUGACAAAUCUGCAUUAUUUUUCUGCCCUCUCCAUUCUCUAGAGAGAGAAAGUAGCUAGAGAGAGAAAGUAGCUAGUAAUUGGUGGAAUUAUGAGUGAAGUAUUCAGGGAAUGCUAAUAGCUUGAGCUUUGGAUCUGCCACAACUUGAAAGGUGUUUGCCUAGCUUUGAUAGAAGAUGAGGGUAGCUGUUAUCGGCGCGGGUAUCAGCGGACUGGUUUCGGCUUACUUUCUGGCCAAAGCCGGCGGCGUGGAGGUGGUGCUAUACGAGAAGGACGAUUACUUGGGCGGCCAUGCCAGAACUGUUACUGUUGAUGGUGUUGAUUUAGACCUCGGUUUCAUGGUCUUCAAUCGAGUAACAUAUCCAAACAUGAUGGAGUUCUUCGAGAGCCUUGGAGUUGAAAUGGAGGUUUCUGAUAUGUCCUUCUCGGUGAGCUUAGACAAAGGCCGAGGCUGCGAGUGGGGAAGCCGAAAUGGAUUGCCCAGUUUGUUUGCACAGAAGACUAACGCAUUCAAUCCAUAUUUCUGGCAAAUGCUUCGAGAAGUUGUCAAGUUCAAGGAUGAUGCUAUCAAGUAUCUUGAAGUGCUUGACAGCAAUUCGGACAUUGACCGCAAUGAAACAUUGGGGCACUUCAUAAAGUCAAGGGGUUACUCUGAGUUGUUCCAAAAGGCUUAUCUUGUUCCAAUAUGUGCUUCAAUCUGGUCCUGCCCUUCAGAAGGAGUAAUGGGCUUUUCUGCUUAUUCUAUUCUUUCAUUUUGCCGCAAUCAUCAUUUACUUCAGCUCUUUGGCCGCCCUCAGUGGCUUACUGUCAGAUGGCGUUCACAUAAAUAUGUCGAUAAGGUUAGACAAGAGUUGGAGAGUAGAGGUUGUCAAAUAAGAACUGGCUGUGAAGUACAUUCUGUUUCAACAACUGAUGAAGGUUGCAGUAUAUUUCGGGAUGAUGGUUCAAAAGAAAUGUACGAUGGUUGCAUAAUAGCCGCCCAUGCUCCAGAUGCUCUGAAAAUGUUAGGGAAACAAGCAACAUAUGAUGAAAUUAGAAUACUUGGUGCUUUCCAGUAUGUUUACAGUGAUAUUUUCCUUCAUCGUGACAAAAAUUUAAUGCCCAAAAACCCAGCAGCAUGGAGUGCAUGGAAUUUUCUCGGAACCAUGGAUAACAAAGUAUGUUUGACAUAUUGGCUCAAUGUGCUCCAGAACAUUGGUGAAACAAUGAUACCUUAUCUGGUAACUCUUAAUCCACCUUAUACACCUGAGCAUACAUUGCUUAAGUGGUCAGCUGGUCAUCCAGUCCCAUCGGUUGCUGCAUCCAAAGCUUCUCUUGAGCUUGAUCAAAUUCAAGGGAAGAGAGGAAUAUGGUUCUGCGGCGCAUACCAGGGAUAUGGUUUCCAUGAGGAUGGGCUAAAGGCGGGCAUGGCUGCUGCACAUGGUGUGCUUAGAACAACUUGUAUUGUUCUGAACAACCCAAAACAUAUGGUACCUUCUUUGGUAGAAACAGGGGCACGCAUUUUUAUUACCAGGUUUCUUCAACAUUAUAUCUCCACUGGUUGCCUAAGUUUAUUGGAGGAAGGAGGUACAAUUUUUACCUUUGAAGGAACAAGAAAGAAAUGUCCUCUUAAAACUUCUCUGAAAGUUCACAAUCCACAAUUUUACUGGAAGGUUGCUACACGAGCUGAUUUAGGCCUUGCAGAUGCAUAUAUUAAUGGAGAUUUUUCUUUUGUUGAUAAAAAUGAAGGUCUUCUGAAUCUUUUCAUGAUUUUUAUUGCCAACAGAGAUUCAAGAAUUUCUGUCUCAAGGUCUAAUAGUAAAAGGGGCUGGUGGACACCAUUGUUUUUCACAGCUGGAAUUGCAUCGGCAAAGUAUUUUCUCCAGCAUGUUUCAAGGCAAAAUACUCUUACCCAAGCUCGCAGGAACAUCUCUCGGCAUUAUGACCUGAGUAAUGAACUUUUUGCUCUGUUCCUGGAUGAAACAAUGACAUACUCUUGUGCAGUAUUUAAGUCUGAGAGUGAAGACUUGAAAGUUGCACAGAUGAGAAAAAUCUCUCUACUUAUUGAAAAGGCAAGAAUUAGUAAGAAGAAUGAAAUUCUUGAGAUUGGGUGCGGUUGGGGAAGUUUAGCUAUUGAAGUUGUCAAACGAACUGGAUGCAAAUAUACUGGCAUCACCCUAUCGGAGGAGCAACUGAGAUAUGCAGAAAUGAGAGUCAAGGAAGCUGGCCUUCAGGAUCGAAUAAGAUUUCUUCUUUGUGACUACCGCCAAUUGCCCAGCACCCACAAAUAUGACAGGAUUAUUUCUUGUGAGAUGAUAGAAGCUGUCGGCCAUGAAUACAUGGAGGAUUUCUUUAGUUGUUGUGAUUCAGUAUUGGCAGAAGAUGGACUUUUUGUUCUACAGUUCAUAUCAAUACCAGAUGAACGGUAUGAUGAGUACAGGCGAAGCUCGGAUUUCAUAAAGGAAUAUAUUUUCCCCGGUGGAUGCCUGCCUUCAUUGAGUAAAAUAACAUCAGCCAUGACUGCUGCAUCCAGACUUUGUGUUGAGCACCUGGAAAAUAUAGGGAUUCAUUACUACCAAACACUAAGAUGCUGGAGGAAAAGCUUCAUGGAGAACCAGAGCAAAAUUCUUGCUCUGGGAUUCGACGAAAAGUUCAUCCGGACAUGGGAGUACUAUUUUGAUUAUUGUGCAGCUGGUUUCAAGACUCGUACGCUUGGAAAUUAUCAGGUUGUAUUCUCACGCCCCGGCAAUGUCACUUCUUUUGCUGAUACUUAUGAACAUGUCCUUUAGAGAGAGAGGGAUCAAACCUCUGCCUUCGGAUUAUGGAUUGUUCCUCAGAAGAUUAAUCAAUCACAUUCGUGAAAGGCUGACAAUUUCACUGUUUCAUUCAUUGAAUUAUCAUUUUUUUUGUUUGUGAGAAGACUUCGAGUUUAAUGUACACAAUGCAUUUGUACAAAAUUGUACCAUUGCAUUUUUAUUUAUUUUUUGACUAAUUGAUACAUGAUCAUAUUGAUCAAUAUUAACAUCAACCAGAUCUCUAAGUUACAUUUGAAAUAUGACUAUUGCUUUUUUUCUUUUCUUUUUAAA